GAGAGUUGGCCAGACUCCGGCGAGCAGGGCCGAUGGGCCAUCAUGGAGCUGUUGGUCAGCUCCUUGAGUGAGGCAGUGCUGCAGAGAAACGCCCAGCAUGUAGCGGCAGUGUACGCAGGGGUCGCGGAGGACGCGCCGCCACCGGCACUUCUUGAGCUCCGCAUCCACCUGCGCAAGCGGAGCCUGGAGGAGCCACGAGAUGGAGAACAAGGCCAGGCGAGCAACUCACAGAUGGCCAGGAAGCAACGGCUGGAAGAGGAGAAGCAGAGCGCAAAGAGGGACAAUGGGAAACAAACAAGCGAAAGAGAGCAGCAGGCGUGGGAGAACCAGGAGGAGCAGCAUUCCAAAGAACAAAGCGACGCGGCAGUGAAGAACAAGGAGGGGCAAAGGACGACAGAGGGAGACACAGAGGAAACAGGGGCAGACACAGAAGGGGAGGUGGAGCAGUGCAGAAGACAGUAUGAGGAGAUGCAACAGGAGGAAGAAAUCAUGAACAUCGCCAUGUAUGAGGCGUAUGAAGAACAGAUGGCGGUUGAAGCAGAAGAAGCCUGGGAAAGAGACCACCCCAAUUACAACGUGGACUACCGCGCGGCCACGGCACUCGAUGAGGAAGACAGCGGAGAAUCGUGA